AUGCCUAUUGUCUAUAACGGUAAUCAAGAGUUCCAUCUGCAACAUUCUGAGGAGGAGAAAUUGAAUCAGUUCCAAACCAUUACUUCGUUUCCUGAAGAUGAAUUACCGUUAAUAAUUAAACUUCUACAAAACCAUUCAUGGCAUUUGGAACCUGCUUUGAGUCGAUACUUCGAUGGUGAUUGGAAGGAAAAUUUGAAUGCUACAGCAGGUCCUAGUCGUGCUGAAGAGGAUGACUUUACACACAUAACGCCAAAUAUGGCGACACAGCAUGUUGUACCAUUUUUGGCAGCGGACAGAAACUUUAUCCCAUCCUUGCCGAUAGUGAGCCGAUUGCCCCAAGAUUAUAAGGAGAAGUUUCAGAUUGUUGGACUGCAGUCAAAUAGAAGUAGUCUUGAUACAAAUCCUAUACUUCUUGUAGUUAUGCUGCUACCUAGUCUAAUCGUGAAGCUUGGUGUGGAUAUUUUUUCAUUUAUAUGGAAUUUGAUAUCAUUUGGUUUUGGGGAUAACAAUGCCAAUGGUGUUCAAAAGUUUACCAGAUUCCCAAGUAAAAUUCAGGAGCCUGUAAGACCUGUUUCGGACGAUAUAACUGCCGUUCUUGGUCCAGAAUCAAACGAGUUAUUGACAUUGGCAAGCAAGUUGUCCUUUAAUGAGUUGUGGGAAGAUUGCGAGAGGAAGUUCAAGUUCAUGCUGAUCAUUUUCCUUGGAAAUUUAGUUGGAGAAGAUUCAGACUUAGGCUCUCAACGGUUUCUAAAGAAUAUUAUAGCAGAUGAGUCUACUAUAUCCUAUUUUAACGAAAACAAGCAGAACUUGGAAAUAUAUUUUGGUUCGUCGCAUGAUAGGGAAACGUGGUAUGUUGGGAAACACUUAGAUGUAAGGUAUACCCCAGAAUGCUAUUUGGUGGCAAAUGUUCUAAACGCCAACGGGUCCUUUAACGGAGCCACUAGGAUGUCAUUAUUGGGUAAAAUCAGACUAACCUCCCUCAGGAGGUUUCAAAGGUCAUUGCGCAUGCACAUGGAUAAAUAUUCUGCAGAACUCAUCAUCAGCCGUAAUGAGAGGGAGGAACUUGAGUUGGCCAGAAAGCUCAAAGAAUCACAGGAUCAGGCCUUUGAAGAAUCAUUAAGGCAGGACCAAAUAAAGGAAGAAAAACGGCGUAUCGAAGCGGAACAACUAAAGCUAGCUAAGUUACUGGAAGAAGAGACUGAAUAUAGAAGAAAGAUACAAGCUACAGCCCGCAACUUGUUCUGGUUGAAUACUACUGUUACAAACCUUGAUUGCAGAAGUACUAAUCAUGAGAAGGAUGAUAAGCAGGCAGUAUUGCAAAUUCGAACAUCAGAUGGAAAACGCAUCAUCAAAAAAUUUCCAGGUCGUACAAACUUGCGCCAACUAUAUUUGGAUGUUGGAUGCCAUUUGUACCUACAGGAAACGAGUAACGAUGCAACCGAAAUACAAUCAAAAUUGGUUGAACUUAUCAACAGUUUAGCAGCCGACAGCUCAGUACUUUGUUUUAAAGACAGUUGCGAAAUGAAUCUUAACACUAUAGAGGAAAUCAAGGCAACAAUCAAUGAAGAAUUAACCAAGUUGGAUGAUAUAGACAAACCGGGAAACCUUCAGAUAGCAGAAUAUAUCGAUUUUGAACUAGUUUCACCAUUCCCAAGAUUCAAGAUCCCCUUUGAUGAUGAAUUACUUAUUCAAGAUAUAUCAAAAAUUUGGCCCAAUGGUAGCUUACUAGUAGAAUAUGUGGAACAAGAACAAUUAGAUUCACUGAGUGACGAUUAG